AUGGAGUACUGUCCGCCGAAUAUAACUUUAGAGGAGAUCUGGAUAGAUCAUGGAAUUUCACAAUGUUUUAUGGAGACUGUAUCUGCUACUCUAAUUGGAGGAUUUCUACUGGUUUUUGGUAUAACACAAAUUGUGAUGUAUAAAAGAUAUGCUACAGAAAUAACUGAUGUCAGAUCUUCAAAGCUGUUUGUAGUACAAUUGUUCUUCACACUUUUUGUGCCAGUUCUGGCUAUAAUUCGUUUUCUGUUACAAGCUUUUGUAUUUAAGGGAGGGCAUAUCUAUGGAUACAUGAUAUUAGCAUUAGUGGUGAAUAUUGUAAUAUUCCCACUGUCUGCGUAUUUAGCUGUGAUUGAAAGACGGUUCCUUUUACCGUCAGUGUUACCGAGGGGCCAUGGUUUUGUAUUGCUUGUAUUUUGGGCAAUGAUAUUUAUAUCAGAGAAUUUAUCAUUUUUAAAUCUGAAUAAGGAUGGAUGGUGGUGGCAUUUGAAAGAUCUUCAAGAUCGCCUUGAAAUGGCCCUAUUUGUUGGUCGGUAUGUAUCCUGUAUGUUAAUGUUCAUCCUCGGGAUGAAAGCGCCAGGUAUUAUGCAUCCAUUUGAAUAUCUCGACUCCGAUGACGAUAAUCGUAGAAACAUACCACCCAGGGUUAAGAUGUCAUGUCCAUAUCAAAAUUAUUUAAUUGUAACAGAUCCAAAAAAGAAUGUUUUUAAGAAUGAUGGCGGUUCAACAUUCCGAAAUGUAUUCGGCAAGAUGCGUACCCUGCUGCCGUUCAUGUGGCCCAGCAAGAGUGUUUGUCUUCAGAUAUAUGUGUUCAUAUGUGUGCUAGCUCUGCUCGCUGGGAGGGUCAUUAACCUUUACGUACCUAUAUAUAACAAGAAAAUAGUCGACAGUCUGUCAAUACCGCCGCUCCACUUCCGAUGGGACCUGGUGGUUACGUACGUUUUCUUCAAGUUCCUCCAAGGAGGCGGCACUGGUGGUAUGGGACUCUUGAACAACCUGAGAUCAUUCCUCUGGAUACGAGUCCAACAAUAUACGACGAGAGAGCUACAGUUGAAAUUGUUCCGGCAUCUACAUGAUCUGCCUCUCAAAUGGCAUCUGUCGCGAAAGACGGGUGAAGUAUUGAGGGUUAUGGACAGAGGAACGGAUUCAAUAGACAAUCUUCUAUCAUACAUACUGUUCUCUAUAACACCCACAAUCAUAGACAUCAUAGUCGCCGUGGUUUACUUCGUGACAGCAUUCAACGCGUGGUUCGGACUCAUAGUCUUUGCUACUAUGGUUCUGUAUAUAAUCGCAACAAUAGCUGUAACAGAAUGGCGAACGAAGUUCCAGCGUAGAAUGAACCAAGCUGACAACGAGCAGAAAGCACGCUCAGUAGAUUCGCUUCUCAAUUUCGAAACCGUCAAAUAUUAUGGCGCUGAGACGUAUGAGGUUUACGCCUACAAGGACGCCAUAUUAAAUUAUCAGAAAGAAGAAUUCAAGUCAUUGAUAACUCUGAACAUGUUGAAUACUAUGCAGAACAUCAUUAUAUGUGUGGGUCUACUAACGGGUUCUCUCCUGGCGAUAUCAAUGGUGGUUAGAACAUAUGAGCUAACAGUCGGUGACUAUGUACUAUUCGCAUCAUAUAUAGUACAACUAUACGUGCCCUUGAAUUGGUUUGGAACCUAUUACAGGGCUAUACAAAAGAAUUUCGUUGAUAUGGAGAAUAUGUUCGAUCUUCUUCGCGUGGAUUCUGACGUGAAGGAUGUACCGGGCGCACCGGAUCUAUUGAUCAGAAGGGGGGGCAUAGAAUUCAAGCACGUGUCAUUUGGCUACGGACCGGAAAGAUUGGUCUUGAAUGAUAUCAGUUUUAAAGUUGCACCGGGAUCCACCGUCGCCUUGGUCGGUCCAAGCGGUGCUGGUAAGUCGACGGUGAUGCGUCUCUUAUUCCGUUUCUAUGACGUGAAUGGCGGCGCAGUUCUCGUUGAUGGUCAAGACGUGGCGACAGUGACCCAGGCCUCGCUGAGAGCCGCCAUUGGUGUCGUACCACAAGAUACCGUGCUAUUUAACAACACUGUCAGAUAUAACAUACAGUACGGCCGGCUGACAGCAUCUUCCUCAGACAUCAUCUCGGCGGCGAAGAAUGCGGACAUACACGACAGAAUACUCACCUUCCCUGACGCUUACGACACUCAGGUCGGAGAGAGAGGUCUCCGUUUGAGCGGCGGAGAGAAGCAAAGGAUAGCCAUCGCUAGAACACUACUGAAGGACCCCGCUAUAGUACUGUUGGAUGAGGCGACCUCCGCGCUAGAUACUAAUACUGAACGAAAUAUACAAUCCGCCUUAGCCCGUGUAUGCGCCAAUAGAACAACGUUAAUAAUAGCCCACAGACUAUCCACUAUAAUACACGCGGACGAAAUUCUUGUACUUAAAGAUGGGGAGAUUGUUGAACGAGGGAACCACGAAGCAUUAUUAGCAUUGGAGGGUGUAUAUGCUUCGAUGUGGCAACAACAGCUCGAGAGUAGAAAUAGCACUGGCAACGGCAACGGAAAUAACGAAACUAACGCUGAAGGAAACAACAACAAUAACAGACCAAGCCAACAACAGAACGGAUCGAGUGUGUUUGCACAAGGCCACGGACACGGCCACGGCCAUGGCCAUUAA